ACUCAUUCCACAGCUCUCAUGUUCUGCACCUCAGGAGGGAAUUCAGCCUCAGUGAUGUCCAUGAGGCCUGUCCCAGGCUCUCUAUCAUCUCUGCUCCAUCUCCACAACAGACAGAGGCAGCCCAUGCCGGCCUCCAUGCCUGGGACCCUGCCCAACCCCACCAUGCCAGGAUCUUCUGCCGUCUUGAUGCCCAUGGAGAGACAAAUGUCAGUGAACUCCAGCAUCAUGGGCAUGCAAGGCCCCAACCUCAGCAACCCCUGUGCUUCUCCCCAAGUCCAGCCAAUGCAUUCAGAAGCCAAAAUGAGAUUGAAGGCGGCAUUGACUCACCAUCCCGCUGCCAUGUCGAAUGGGAACAUGAGCACCAUCGGACACAUGAUGGAGAUGAUGGGCUCCCGGCAAGACCAGACACCACACCACCACAUGCACUCGCACCCGCAUCAGCACCAGACACUGCCUCCCCACCACCCCUAUCCGCACCAGCACCAGCACCCUGCACACCAUCCCCACCCACAGCCUCACCACCAACAGAACCACCCGCACCACCACUCCCAUUCCCACCUUCAUGCACACCCGGCACACCACCAGACCUCGCCACACCCGCCCCUGCACACUGGCAACCAAGCACAGGUUUCACCAGCCACACAACAGAUGCAACCAACCCAGACCAUACAACCGCCCCAGCCUACAGGGGGACGCCGGCGAAGGGUGGUGGAUGAGGACCCGGAUGAGAGGCGGAGGAAAUUUCUGGAAAGGAACCGGGCUGCCGCCACCCGUUGCAGACAGAAGAGGAAGGUCUGGGUGAUGUCACUGGAAAAGAAAGCAGAAGAGCUCACCCAGACAAACAUGCAGCUUCAGAAUGAAGUGUCCAUGUUGAAAAACGAGGUGGCCCAGCUGAAGCAGCUGUUGUUAACACAUAAAGACUGCCCGAUCACCGCCAUGCAGAAAGAGUCACAAGGAUAUUUAAGUCCAGAGAGCAGCCCUCCCGCGAGCCCUGUCCCAGCAUGUUCGCAGCAGCCAGUCAUCCAGCAUAACACCAUCACUACGUCCUCCUCGGUCAGCGAGGUCGUGGGGAGCUCCACCCUCAGCCAGCUCACGACUCACAGAACAGACCUCAAUCCUAUUCUUUAAAAGGCAGUGGUCAGACCAGGCCCCUGAGAAGAGCUGGACCAUGCCAUACAUCCUUUCUCCAAAGGGCAUUUUUAGAAUUCACUCAGACCAGGAAGACGCCUCAGCCCUUCAAAGACUGGCUUUCCUUUUUAUAGUUAUUAUGGAAAUGUUGUCUUUUAUACUUAGUUAUAUAAGAAAAAGGGAGUUAUGCAAUGAAUAUCUAUCAGCUUGGGAAGCGUGCUGGUGCUUUUCUCCGAUUUUCUGGUACCAGUUUCUUGUUUAUAAACGGAAUCUUUCCUGUAUAUAGCCAUAGUUUCAAUCUUACCAGUCCAACCCUUUGCCUGGAACAACGAAUCUUGUUAAAAACUACAGCUUUUAGCCAAAAUGAGGUAUACUUCGAUGUCAAGUGCGAUGGAUCCACAGGAACGGGGUGGGAAAUCUGGUGAUGUCAUAACUCAUGUUGAGUUUAUGCUGUGACGUCACCAGAACCUCAGAUAAACGCAUGGGCUUUCCUGAGUUUGUUUUCUUGCUAGGAAAAAAAAGAAAGUAUGGUCCAUCGUUGUCCCAAGAGAGCCACCAAGCAUCUCAGGCCCUCCCCUGCUCUUGAUCACUUGCUCAGAUGUCCAAUAUUCUUCUCCACUGCCACUUCCCUGGGUUCUCUUGGCUUUGCCUUUCCCCCUUUAGCUUUGCAUGUGAAGAAGAAAAUAAUGUUUAAAGAGGGAAAAGAGCAAAUCUUGAAAGUAUGGACCUAGCCAUUGCUUCGCUCGAGCUUAACCCACAGCUGGAGUCCAUUCGACUGUUGCCUUUCACAAAAUAGCAGCCAGGAGAUGUUUAAUGUGCCUGAUUUAAUGUUUUUAAUAACCAGAGCAAAUAAAAAGCGAUUUGGUUAUAGGUGAAGCACUAUUGAAUGCCAGCUGUGGAGACACUAGGGAAAGGAACUUUGUAAGCCCCAACUGUGAAAGUUCAAAUUAGGACGUGGGCUCUGACAUCACACCCUCGAAUUACAACUCGUUUCUAUGGCCUGUCUAUAAUGUUGAAAACCCCAUGCACUAUAUAAUAGUUCAGAAGGGCUCUGUUCACUACACAGAUUACAUUGUUCAAUCAUCAGCUGCUAAUAGCCUAAGAUUUAUUAUUAUUUUUUUUUCCUAAGCCUAUGGAACCAGCUCUGCUAUUCUGGUGGGCAAAAGCAGGUUCACUCCUAGAGACGGAGAGGGAGAAAACAAGGCUUGUAGUCUGUCGGGACAGACUCUCCGGUUGCCAAUCGAGUUUCGUGGAAUUGGCCAGGCUGAUGUGCUCUUAUGGACGGUUCUGAUUCAUAUUUUCAGCAUCUUCCAUGGACCUGCUCAUGAUGGAAAGCAGAUCAAACCCAAACCACAGUUGUGCCUCCUUGAAACAAGCCAUUCUACCGCUCUGCUGGUGUUCUGGUAUCAUGUGUUUCUCACUAGCAGUCUAGGCGUACGCUGGUGUCUCAUCUCCGCCCAAAUACUACUCCACCUCUAACCUGUGUGUGUGGGUGUGGGUGUGUGUGCCUGAGCGCGUGUGUGCGGGGAUGUGUGUGUCUAUGAACAGUAUAGGUUUUAAAAGAGCAGUAUUUUACAGAGGCUGUCACUUUUAUAAGAGUUCAGUAAAGGAAGGAUGUACUUUUUCGCUCACUAUAGUUUAAAAAAAUCUAUUUUAGAGGAAAAAAAGAAAAUGUGAGGGCUCUGAAGCAUGACUUUUAUAACUAGGUUCAGUUUUAUCUAAUAACUUACUUUUAAAAUCAAUAUUUAUCAACAGUUUUUUUUUUCCAUGUAUGCUGUGCUUUUGAGAGACAAGUUUGACUGUUCAGUAAAGCUUAAGACCUGGAUAUAUGACCUAAGAAUAAGAAAACAAAUGCAAAAAAAAAAGUAAAAAAGAAAAAAAAGAAAGAAAAAGAAGAAUGAAAAGGGGAGAGAGAGGAUGGGAUGAGCAGGAUUUUAUGUUGUAUUUUAGGGAAUGUAAAGUGUAUCAUUUUUCAAGUAUUUUAAAUACUGAAUUCAUAUUGUUAUUAUUUUUUUCUGAAUUCCAGCAGUAACAGAAUGGUUUAACCUCACUGGCUUCCUAGAAAUGUUUAAGACUUACAUUUGAAAGAAGUUCAUAUUCAUCGCUCUGGUUUGAAAUCAAAAAUAAUUUUCUGCAAAAUUCCAUUCUUAGACCAUGUAGACAUUCUGCUCCCCUCAAAAGACAAGGGGGGGGCAAGUCAGGGUGGAGGAGCUAGUGUCUAUUAUCUCCCAUUUGCUCUGAGUAAGCAAGACCCUUUCCUGCCCGCAUGCGUAGCACUCAAAGGAAGGGAUUUCUUUUUUAAAUCCACUGGUAACACCACAAUGUCCAGGGAGGGGCCUGCCUCUGAAAUGACGAUUUUGAGUUGACUUCUCUCCCACCUCUAAGGCUGAAAUCCUUAGCUGUUAAACAGGCAGGCUUUGCAGCUAAGAACUUGCCUGCGUUUUCUUAAUUCAGCGGCUCGACAGCUUGACUGAUGUGCGUUAUUUAUAGCUCAAUUAUGUCUGUUUUUUAUGCUAAGUAGGCAAGCCACCACACACAGCAAACCUUUCUCAACAUAUAAUUAGAAUAAACUGCCUUCUUGCUACGUGCAGGGGCUGUAGGUGUGUGUGUUUGCAGCAGGGAGAUCCUGCAGAGAGGGCUCCAGCUUGUCAGGACUCCCUACAGUCCUGAAGAGAAAAACUUCUCUCGGUGACACCUAAUUCCUGGUCCAUCCCUAGUAAAGAUUCCACAUAAAGGUCCAGCCUUCAUUGGAUGGCAGAGCCUUCCUGAAACGACCCUGGCAGUGCCCGCCACACACCGGCCACUCCAGGAGAGUAUCCUUUAAUGCCAUAAUCUUCUCCCAGCCAGUUACCAUGUCAGCCAUGCAGACUCUUGGUGAAUUGGAGAUAAUGGUCAUUGGAGUCCUCCAUCCAAAGGAUGGAAGCCCCAGCAACACUACCCCUCCUAAGUCCUGUGUGGCUGCAUCACCACAGGAUCCACUUCUAAGGUCCUUGUCAGCCUCCCGGGCGCUUCUCCAGUCCCUCCCUGCCUGCUAAUGUACCGAGAGCUGGCAACUUAGUUCACCCCAGAGCACUUCUGCCAGGUGGCUUCUCCCCUAAAUAAAGGCUUUGUUUCUCUUUGCCGCCUUCCUUGAUCUAUGAUUUGGCGGGAGGUAGAUUGAAAGCCCAGCCCUGGGUGAAGGUACUAAUCUCAAAGCUAGAUAUCGAGUUACGUGUGGUCCCAGGUGAUCCUUUCCUACCCUUCUGUCAACAUGUACAGGUUGCCAUAGUAAUCCAACCUGUUGGAGUAGUAUGUGUGUCAUCACGGUGUGCAUUGUGAGAAUUUGGGUGACUGACUCAGCCUGUGCUCCUUGGAGCUUAUCUGGUCAAGGAAUAAAACGCAGUGCAUGUUCCAAGAGAGCUGUCGGUGGGGAGUGUUCAGGUGUCUGUUGUCUGCUAGUAAAGCAAAUUGUAGUAGCUUAGAGGUCGACAUUAAAACCAUAAACCAGCUUCAGAAAAAAACAACAACAAACAAACAAACAAACAAAAACAGCCCUUAGCUGGAAUUACUUUGAAGCACCAGUAACUGCCCUAAAACUAGCCUUCCAGUUAGGGUAGAACGUCCUUCUCUUUGAGUGAUGAAGCCAUCUGAGAAAAUAUGUAUGUAUGUAUGUGUAUACAGUGGGAUUCAAGGACCAAAGCAAAAUUUGAACAGGAAUCUAUUAAUUUAGAAUUAUAAGAUAUUUAUUAAUAAAUGUUAUUUUAAACAUUCCAUUUCAACAGUAUUUUUCAGUAGGGUCUACGUGUCUGGAAAAUAUUAGUCCAUAAUAAACUACCCUAGUAAGGGUGCUGUUUUUUCAGGGCCGUGGAUGGCUAUUUCCAUCCCCGGAAGCCCACGCUUAGACCUCUGUGCGUGGACCUUUGGAGGCUUGUUUGCUGCUCUGAGUUACUGGUUAAUCUACAUUCUGAACAAGGUUGGCUUUUUUUUUUUAAAGGAUUUCUUCUUUUCAUGUUUAAAGUAAGCGCUUUCAUGUAGAAAGCAAAUUCAACUGAAGGGCGUUGGUGACGAAAACCAGAUAGCUAUUUUAUUUUAUUUUAUUAUUUUAAUUUUUUGUAUAAAAUGCCUUCCUCCUCCUUCUCGUCACUGCACAACCACCUCCAAGAACACCUUGCACUACUCAGCUCCCUGGAGCUGCCUGGGUCCUCACGAACAGCGUGCAGUGGCUUUAAGUCUUUCCAGCUCCAUCCCAUCGCCAUAUCUGAAGGGGAGGGAGGUCACCUGCCCUGGGUAAAGCCGUGCCUAUGCCGCAGCAGUGGUUUAGAGCCUCUCUUCUGCUUCGAAACUAAUUCCUAUCUUAAAGUUGCACUUUAGCUCUUUGAUCCCUUCCCCUUUAUCUGCUUCUCUCCUUAACCUUUCUUGACCUUCGACUUGCCUUGGCUCCACCCUAUACAAGUGUUCUGUGAAGGCUCCACGCUGCACCAUUUCAAGUACUUUAUAGACCAUUUACACCUGGCUCAUGGGUGCGCACUCACUCUUAGCACGGCUGAGCGGCGCUUCUCACAGCCUCCUGAAGCCUGCUCCAAGAAUGUCAAGAAGAGCCAGUGCACAGUAUGAUUUAUCCCCUUGAUCUCCUUCUUCCUUGCAUGGUUUUGAAAAUUGCUAUAUUAUGCAACAGAUGUGGGCAGCAACUAGCUAUGCUUACAAUUUUCUAUCUCAUCCUCCGAACCAAAGUGUCCUGAAUAAGCCAGAAGACUUCUCCGCUCGUGUGCCGCGGCGCGCAGUGCACACUCCUCUCUUGUCCUUAGCCUCUGUCACUAGCCAGAGUCUUUGGCAGGCUGUGGAAGCAACAGGGGCCCUGUCCUCUCAUUCCUAGGUCUCAAAAAUACAAUGUUGCCUUGUAGCAUGAUCAAGGACAGCACCUCUGUUUUAUAAUCCCAGCCUACAAGGGAUCGGAAGACAAAGGAGCAAUAAACUUACGAGUAAAACAAUCCCAUACCAAAACACACACAGAGAACUUCUCAAAUCAGCCUAGCUCAUCGUGUUGUGUGAUCACAGAAAUAUGUCCCCGUGUUCAAAGUCUCUUGCUAUUAUUCCUUGUGGAACUUUUCAGUGAUGUAAUGCUUGUAGCCAAAUUGCUUAAAGAGUGUUUAUAUAUUUUUUCCUUAUAAAUCAUCUAUUUUUUGAAAAAGAAAAAACCUAUUUAACUGCAAACUAAAGAUAGAAUAAAGCCAAAUUGCCAGCAUUUGUUCAAACGUUAAUACCAGUAAGUGGGCCUCGGAUGCCUUCCACGCUUAUCAUCAGGAAGGAAUCAAUAAUCAACUGCUAUAUUUAAACCAAGUUAAAGCAUCUUGCUCAUUAGAAGUCAAGACUUAGGAAUUUCUUCCUAAGCCAUUUAAGGUUUCCCUACAUUGGGGUUUAUAUUGUAGAACUUUAUAGGGAUUUUUUUUUUUGUAAACAUAAAAUCACUUCACCUCACAUUGGAGAAUGUGGGACCCGAAUAAAUUAGCUUUAACUACAUCAUUAAAAUCUUCCACACAAUCAAUGCAUUAGAUUCUCAUUUGCUCCUUUAUAAUGCCCCACACCUCUGAAAUUGCAAGAGGAAAUAGCGAUGUCCCAUGGAGGGAGUUAAGGGAAGGGACUCCUCCCAAGCAGCUGUGGGCAGGAAGACCUUCCCACCCCUUCCUUUCCAAGAUCUCUGUUAGUUUCAUCUGCAGAGAGGAAUGCUGCCUUUUGAAGAUUGUCUCUGAAGGGAAAAAAUAAGCUUGAAAUGUUCUCUGAAAAGACCCACAAGUAAUGGCUCCAUUCAAACACAAUAUUCUAGGACAAAUGGAAUAGAAACACUGUCCAAAAACGUAAUAGAAAAAAAGUUUAGCACUGUGUAAAGUAUGUGUUGGCUGAAAAAG